AUUGAAUACAACUCAGUUGCAGUGUUUGCCAUGGAUUAGUCUGUGAAUGUGUGUAUAAAACACAAAUUCAAGGAUUCAAGACUGUCACUAGGAUGAUUCAUGUUCAUGAUGUCGAUAUUCGAAAAAAUACUUGUAACGCUUCUACUACUUCUGGAUGUCACCUUGGGCGGAAUACUUGCGCCACCAAACACAGAUCAAAUGUCUCUGACCAACCACAAUAAUGAGUGCGGACUGCACGUGUAUAUUCCAAGUGAUCAAGUCAAGAUAUCAUGCAAGCAUGAGGGUUCGCACAAUGGUCCCUACUCAAGAUCACGGUUGCAAGAGGAACUAGAGGAGUUAAAAUCAAUGUACACAGAGUUAAAGAAUGAAAUUUCUGUAAGCAAGGCUAGCUGCCUGUUUAAUGUGGAAGAAGUGCGGAUGGAUUAUCAGAAAGCUAAAUUAGAGUUGGAAAUCGUAAAAAACAAUUUGGUAGGCCUAAACAGAAACUUUGCUGAAAAUGACAACAGAGGGGAGGUGGACUUACGACUGGAGGAUGUGUUUAGUAAAAAAAAGAUGGCAAAAUUGUUACAGCCUUACAUACAGAAAGAAGUCAAAGAUGCUCAAAACAGAAAUGAGCUGCUUGUUCCACUUCAAGAAUACAUAAUUAAAGAAAUUCAUGCAUAUUUUGUUGAAACAACAAAUGCAACUAUUGAGACAGAUACUAAGGACAAGAAGACAACAAAUGAAACUAUCAAGACAAAUACAAAGGACAAGACAAAAUCUGAAAGAAGACAAGGCAAGUCAGCUUCCUCACCUCAAACAUUCCAAUUAGAUAACCCAACUGAAAAUGAUGUUAGAAAAAUAUACACUAUUUUAAGGAACCAUGGUACAAGGGUAGAACAUAUGUCUGUUGAAUUAGAGAAAAACAUCAAAGAUUUGAAUACAAAAAUUGACAAGAUAGAGGAUAGGUUAGACAAACGAAUGCACACUAUUGUAGAACAAUUCUUGCAUAAAAAACUGGAAGGUAUACAAAACAAUCUGACAGUUUUGGCAGAUCUGUUCCAUGAUUUAGAAUACAAAACUAGGACUGUCAGGAAUGAACACAUCGAGUACAUCAUAGACGAAAAGGUGCAAUCAAUGAAGAGUGAUAUCAUGGCAAAAUUGCUGCAUGAAUCAAGUCCUAUAAGGUCUGAGCUUCAUCAUAAACUUGAAGAAGUAAAAAGAACUCAAAGAGCCAUUCGUGAAAAUCAUACGGAAGAAAUUCUGAACAUUCAUGAGAAAUUGGUGACUAUGCUUGAUCAAAUUCAGGGAAUAAAUGGCUCUCUAUUCAGUCAAAUGACCAGUACAGAGUUGACAAAGGUGUACAAUGACACAGCGGAUUUUGUAAGAACAAUUAAAGACUCUUGGAUAAUGGUGAAUGACAACUUUGAGAGAUCCAAAGACAUGUACGACAGACUGGAAAACCUAAAUAGGUUAUAUGCUGAUGUAGAAACUUCCGUGCGUGAGGCUUCUGAAGAAGAAAAACAAAGUUCUGGGGCAAUAACUGACAUUAAAGCUCAGCUUGAGGUACUGAAAGAAAAGAUAACUGCAAUUGAAUUUAAUGACUGGAAUGCCUUUAAUUUUACUCACAGCGAUAAGAGAAAUGGCUGUAAAAAUGGCAGACACUAUGUUAGGCUUCUGAAUGUGUAUCUGACUCCCAAAUACGUGGGUGUUACUCUGUGCUCUGAGAAUCGUUACAAAAUAUUUCUGGGUGAGAAUUUAACGGAUACCUUCCUGGAUAUUGGAGACAACUACGGAUUAGGAGAAGAUCACUGUGAGUUUGUUGGAGCUAAAACAUCGAGUCGAUUUUCAACAGUAAUGCAGCCUUACAUGUACUACUCAUUGAAAGGAUUCAGAAGAAGCCACUGGGGAGAGCAACCACAAAAGAGACACUCACAGUUUUUAAAUCUCCACCUUUCUACUAUGAGUGCGGUGUAACAAUUCCCUGAGUGCGAUUCUUCAUUAACCCUUUGCAUGCUGGGAAAUUUGUCGUCUGCUUAAAUGUUGUCUGCUCAAUUUCUAAAAUUAGCAUUUUCUUCAUUUUUUUUCUUAAUACUAUUAGAAUAGCAAACAGUUUGGAUCCUGAUGAGAUGCCACGUUCUGUGGCAUCUCAUCUGGAUCCAAACUGUUUGCAAAGGCCUUCAAAAUUCGGUUCCAGCACUGAAAGAGUUAACAAUUGUCAUGUGUAAGGGUUAUCAUGUUAGAUAGUCUGAAUAUCUGGAAUGCUUAUCAGUUACUUAUCAUAUGUUCCAAUAUACUUUGACAAAAAUGUAAACAUGCUCAUGUUAAACAAUGUAUUGUCUUUGUGUAUAAAUAUUUAGACUGCAUAAAGUAUAUAUUUUUGGAAAGGUUAUGAAUGUUGGUACAUUGUACAUACUUAUGAAAGUGUUAUUGUGAAUAUCUUAUAUACCAUUCUUAUUCCUGCUUUUUCCUGCUGUUUACUGCUCUCGGAGUAAACUGCAACAAAAUCUGCUUGUUUUCAUACUGUAGUUGUAAAAUUAUAAACAAUUAACAUCUGACAGUGAAUACAUUGAAGGAUAUCCACAUCAACUCUACCAGAGAAUACUCAAAAACUCUACUAAUUAUCAAUACAGUUUAUGCACUGAUACCUUCCUAUUACUGCAACUGAGUUACCCUGUACCUCAUUAAACUUGUUAUGAUGAAUGACUGUUUUAAACGAUAUAUGAUAAAUUGUUGUGACUUGGGCACAGAGGGCAGGAGAACGAACAAGAAGGCCAUAAAUCACUCAUCUAAUACCAUAUGAAAUAAACAUUUCUGAGAAGGCUGAGUUGAAAACAAUAACAAAAUGUACUUAAUUAAACAUAAAUAUUUAAUUUCUACAGACAUUUUAAUUUUUGUACUGGACAGGCAUGUUUUUGAAACAAAUGGCAAUUUGAUUUGCAUGCUUCAAUGCAAAAACAAGUAAACAUUGUACAUUAACAUUUGUAUUCCAGUUCAUAUAAAUGUAUUUUCUGACCUUAUGUUAUUUUGACAAAUCUAAACUUAAAUUGUUUAUCAUAAACUGAAUGAAAACUUAAAAUUCAAAGUGACUGCUUAAAUAACAAGAGAUGUGUUUGUCAGAAACACAAUGCCCCCUUCUGCGCUGCUUUGAUUUUUUUAUUAUUAUAUCACUUUAAAAAUAUUACUUCCCUUGUAAAAAUGAUCUGUACCUGCCAAAUGAUAAAUAGAAAUUAUCUCUCUUUAAAGCUUGUUACUUCCCUUGGAUUUGUUUUCUUAACCUUUGACCUUGAAGGAUGACCUUGACCUUUCACCACUCAAAAUAUGCAGCUACUUGAGAUACACAUGGAUGCCAAAUAUCAAGUUGCUAUCUUCAAUAUUGCAAAAGUUAUGGCCAAUGUUAAAGUUUUUGGACGGACGGAUGGACAGAUAGUUCAAGUGCUAUAUGCCAUCUCACCGGGUGCAUAAAAAUUCAGAAUGCCACAUAAUAAUAUUAUUGAUGGUAUAUAAGCAAUACAGAACUUAAAAUCAGGUAACAAUUGUCAAGAUUGACACAAUUAAUAUCUUUUCUACAAAUAUUUGUACAUAUACUUUGUUUUGUUUGACAAUGGAAAUGAGGACUUAUCUUAGCUACAGAUUAGGCUCCAUUCCAUUUAAAUAUUGAUGCAUAUCACUGCCAGUUUUGAUGUUAAAGUUAUUUGAUAUAUGCUGCCCACAGAGAUGUUUUGCAUUCA